AUUUUGUCAUUUGGUAUUCAGUAGCUGCCUUGCUUCGCAAGAAGGGCUCCUACAUAGCGAUGGACUUCUGUAGCUGCUGUUGCUCUCCGACAAAUCGCCGACUAGUGUUGAAGUCAAACUAAGUUGGCGAUCACCAAAUUGGUGAGGAUGUUUCUUACAAGGACUGAGUAUGACAGAGGAGUCAAUACCUUCUCUCCAGAAGGGAGGCUGUUUCAGGUUGAAUAUGCCAUUGAAGCCAUCAAGCUGGGUUCAACUGCAAUUGGGCUGAAAACGAAGGAAGGGGUUGUGCUCGCUGUUGAGAAACGUAUUACUUCACCACUACUGGAACCUAGCAGUGUUGAAAAAAUUAUGGAAAUUGAUGAGCACAUAGGCUGUGCAAUGAGUGGAUUGAUUGCUGAUGCUCGUACACUUGUUGAACAUGCCCGAGUUGAAACUCAGAAUCACAGGUUCUCAUAUGGCGAGCCAAUGACUGUUGAGUCCACUACACAAGCUCUUUGUGAUUUGGUCCUACGAUUUGGGGAGGGGGAUGAAGAAUCCAUGUCUCGACCUUUUGGGGUUUCUCGUCUCAUAGCUGGUCAUGAUGAGAACGGCCCCAGCCUAUACCAUACAGACCCAUCUGGUACAUUUUGGCAGUGCAAUGCAAAAGCUAUUGGUUCAGGAUCUGAAGGUGCUGACAGCUCUUUGCAAGAGCAAUAUAACCAGGACAUUUCCCUUCAAGAGGCAGAAACAGUUGCUCUUUCCAUCCUGAAGCAAGCUAUGGAAGAGAAGGUGACGCCCAAUAAUGUUGAUAUUGCCAAGGUUGCUCCGACGUACCACCUAUACUCGCCAUCUGAGGUGGAGGCUGUCAUCAGUCGCCUAUGAAGAUAGAACCUUUUCUUCAAAAAUCUCUCAUUAUAAACAUGGAAGCCCACAUUUGAUACUUUUCACCCGGAAGAAAUUUUAUCCGCAUCGAUUACAAAUUUUUCCAAGGAAAUUAUUUUGUGAAAUUUUCUUUGAAAAAAUUUGAGCUGCGGGGCUAGACUCGGAUGCACCCAUAGGUUCAAAAAAAGACGUACAGUGCUAGAUUUGACCUGGAUUGGUGAUUGUAGCUGAAAGCGGAUCUCAUUCAUUCCCUGCAUUUAGCGUUUGGAUACUUGUGUUAGGAAUCAAAAUUGAAAUUCUCAAUUUCUAA